CACAACAAAACAUAAAUUCUCCUUUAUCUCUGCGAUCGAUUUCCUCUUCCGUUCUUAUUUUCUUUCUUUGGAUGUUUCAUUCAAACUACAAACACAGAGUUCAGUAUUCACCAAAAUCAAUGGGUAAAUUGUUGGUGUCGGUUUCCGUCCUACAGAACAAGAACUCGUCGAUUUCUACCUCAAACACAAGUUGCUGGGUGAUGAUUCCCGUGUCGACGUUAUCCCUGUCAUUGACCUCUGCCAUGUGGAACCUUCGGAUGUACCAGGGAUACUUGCAAAAUCACGGAUUCGAUUCGGUGACCCAGAUUGGUUUUUCUUCAGUCCGGUUGAUUUCAAGUAUUCAAACAGUAAAAGGGUUAACAGGAAAACCGAGAAAGGGUUCUGGAAAGCCACUGGAAAAGACCGUGAUAUUAGCAGCUGGAACACCAACACUCUCAUUGCCCACAAAGAAGAAUCUUGUUUACUACACAGGAAUUGUUUCCUGUGGUGUCAGUCCUACUGGGUAUUCACGAAUAUCACGCUGUUACCUUUCAUGA